AGAGAAAAAACUAAGGCCCAAAAGAUAAAGCAAAGGACAAAGCUAGUCUACUAUUGAGUGUGCUAACUUUGGUUUUAUAUACCUUACACUCUUCUUUCUCUUUCCCCACUUAUAAAUACACCACCAAUAAACAGAAUGCAACACAUAUUAAAUAACCCUUUAUUUUUCUUCCUCUGUUUUUUCAAGAAACACCAAAAAAGUACAUUCUUUUUUUUUUCAGAAAAAUUUCAAGAAUGAAUAUUUCUGGUUCUGAAUGUAGCAGUGGAUGUGAAUCUGGAUGGACAAUGUACUUAGAUCAAUUCUCAAAUUCUGCAGAUCAAUACAACAACAGAAGAGAUAUUAGUAAUAAUAAUGAAUAUGGGAUAUAUAAAACAGAGUAUGUUAAUGAUGAAGAUCAAGAAGAUGAAGAUAUGUCUAUGGUUUCUGAUGCUUCUUCUGGUCCACCACAUUUUCAUCAAGAAUAUUGUUUUGAUCGAAAUGGAUAUAUUUUCUAUCCAUCAGCACCUUCUGAAAACACAAAAAAAGCAAACGAGAAGAGGAAAAUAAAUGAGCAAAAGGUGAAAAAACAGUCUCUUUAUCUUGAUGAUACUGCCAGUUCUCCAUUCUCUAAUUUUCCUAAGGAUGAAAGAUGUUAUAAUGAUAGAAAUUCCAUGGAGAUGGUAACUGGAUUCUCUGAAACACAUUCAAAGGUUAUGUCUUCUUAUAUCAAUUUUUUUUAUUAUCAGAGACACCUCUUUACCUUUCUUCAUAUGGGUAAAUCUGUUCUAGGGAAGCAUUUUGGAUUCUUGAAAACAUCUGUGAGUGGAAGAACUUCAUCAGAAAAAUCUAGUGGAUUGAAGGGAAGGAAGAGGCAAUAAGAAUUGGCAAAAGAGUAUAUUUUUCUGUGUCUGCAGCUGCAGUUGAAGAGAGUAAAGAUUAAUGUUUGAGGGGUGAAUAGGGGGGCAUGAAAAAAAAUGGGAAAAAAAAAGGCUUUAGAUUUAUGAGGAUCUUGAUUUUAUCCUUUUUUUAAUUUAUUUUUUUAAUCUUCCUCCUAGUUAUUAUUCCUGUCUAUGUAGUGGGAAACAACAGAAAAAACAUAAAUGUCAAAAAAAGAAACUUUAUUUUAUUAUCUCUUUCCCACACCAAACAGAAGUCAGGAGAAAAAAAUAAUGAUAACAAUAAUAUUAAGUCCAUAA